AUGGGCGGUGUCGCAGAGAGUGGCAUGCGUGCACCAUCACUGGCAGAGGCUGAAGCUGCGGAUAUUGAGUUGUGUCGCGAAAUCAGCAGCUUGUUGGCAAAGAAUUUCACGCUUGACCAGGCGAUACAUGAGUGUGUUGUUGUGCGAAAUAGUUUGAACAUGUGGCUGCAGCCCCGCCCUCGUCUUCCGGGGAAAGGAAAAGGCAAGGGUGGCAAGGGCAAGGGUCACGCUGCGCUUGUCGACAGCAAGAACGGCAAGCAAGAUAGGCGUGGCGGCAAAAAGAGGGACUCGGAUGGCAAGUUCAAGGGCACCUGUCAUGCCUUCCAGAUUGGCAAGUGUAGUCGUGGUGAUGAGUGCAGGUUCCUUCAUGCGUGUGAGAACUGUGGCGAGGAGGGCCACGGGCGUGCUGAGUGCCCCCGUGUUAUGGAUCUCGGUGCGGGCGAGGGCACGGCUGCGCUGCUUCAGCCCGGCGACUUGCCUGCCGCGUGUGAGACGCCAUCCAAGGAGGAAUGCGAACUGUACCACCACAUUCUCCUAAAGGAUGGAGGGGGUGUGUGCAGCCCAGCGGACUGGCAGUUGCCUCCGCCCGAGGCUUUAGCAGACCCUCUAGGAAGGGCACUAGGUGUGGACGCUGCGUGGGCGCUGGCAAGUUUUGAGAAGUCGCCGUAUAAGUUCAAUUUGCUUCAGUCCCUUGCGGUGAAGAUGGGCGUUUGGCCUAGAUGUGAUGUUGCGGAUGAUGACGAAUUUCUUCAUGCUUCACCUGAGUUGCACCUGUGCGAGCACAAUCACAUUUCUGCUGUCAGGGAUGAGCGGAAGGUCCGUGAAUUGGUGCAGCAGGAGGUGGCCGAAGGCUACAUGGAGCACAUCCCGGGAGGCCGCAGUGAGGUUGAUGCGCGCUUCCCUGAAGGUUCGUUGGCCAUAGGGAAGCUGGGCCUGGUUUCGCGGCGUGGCAAGAAGGAUCGCUUAAUAGGGGACUCCAAAGCAUCGGGCGCCAGUCCAGCGUCCAGGCGCGACUCUGGCGAUCCAAGGGCAGAAGACUGGGUGCUCUUCAGCAUGGACGUCAAGAACGCACACAAGUCCAUCCGUACGGCGCCAGAUGACAUUGGGUUCGCAGUUUUCCACAUUAUGAACCAGUGGUUCGUCUACCUCGUCAAUCAUUUCGGGGCCAAGUGGUCUGCGUAUUGGUGGAGCAGAUUAGGAGCACUCCUCAUGCGUGUGUUCCAUUUCAUUCUGCGCCAUUGUCAUGUCGGGGUCGUCUACGUGGAUGAUUUUCUUUUCCUGCUACUACGCAGUGCGCACCUGCCCAUGGUCGCCAUUCUGCUUGCGCUUGCCCAGGUGCUUGGUGUGCGGUUGUCUUGGAGCAAGCUUCGCUUAGGUCUAAGCCUGGAAUAUCUUGGCUGGGCGCUCAGUGUGGAGGGUGAGUUCUGCAAGCGGAAGCGAACACUGGCAAUUUUCAAUUGGUGGCUUCUGCAUGCGCGGCGGAUCGGCAGGCAGGAGCUGUCUUCCGUUCUUGGGUUGCUUAUAUGGGCAACACAGAUCAAGUUGCCCUUGCGCGCAUUGCUGGCUCCUCUCUUUACAGCAUUGCACCGUCCAACUGGGAAGAUGCAACUCCUGCACACGGGUCAGUUGGCGGAGCUGGCAAGGCUCCUGGACAGAAGCUCGCUGCGUGUGUGCCGUGCAGCCCGCGAUUCAGAUGUGCAAGCUGGUUGGGUACUGCGAGAAGUUGGGGGCAGGCUAGUCAACAAGGACUCCCUUGACGUAAUGCUGCGACAGCCGAAGCUCAAAAACGGCAAAUGCUGGGUGCGGUUCUCUGCUUGGGGCGCGGUCACCAAUCUUGACCAGGCCUGCCUGUCAAGCCUUCGCAUUCUGCGGCAGUUCUUCCAUCAGAAUGCCUUCGGCUGGGCCAACGCCAAGGAAACCUUAAACGGAUGUGCGGAUGCUUGGGCCGGCAGCCACGUCGGCGGCGUAGGUGGUUGGUUCCAGUGUGCUUCUGGCCAGUUGCGUUGGUUUCAUGUUGCUAUUGCACGCUCAGACAUUCCAGAUGAGUGGAAAUGGCCCCAAACAAUGCAAGCGGGCGUCGGAGCUCUGGAGCUGCUGGCCCAGUUGGCGCUUGUGGUCGCUCGCGCGAAGACCAGCGGCAUGCCCUGCGUGCACAGAGCUCUGCUUCGGCAGUGCAGCGACAACCUGGGAGUGGUUGCUUCAGUAUCCAAGGGCUUGGCCAGCAAGCCGCCUUUAUGCAGCGCGUUGGUCACGCUGAGCCUUGUCUGCCUGCGAGUGAAAUGCGACCUUUCUAUUUCACAUGUGGCCAGCACACGCAAUGGUGAGGCUGACUUCUUGAGUCGCUUGAACUGCCCGUCGCGGACAGCAGACCCUGUGCUUGAGGCUGCUUUCCCAGCCGAACAUCGUGUAGAGGUUACCUUGGAGGAUAUCUUUAGGCCGUGGCAGGAGUACAUGUCAGGCGGACCCAAGUGUCUGACCUAA